GGUCUAAUUUAUUCAUCAUAAAUGUACCAAGAUAUCCCAAGUAACUUGACAAUGAUAUUUUGAUAUAAAAAAAUGCUACUCAAAUCAUCUCAGAGUCCAUUUCUGAAAGUGUUACAGAGCAUUGGCAGAGUUGAGUUUCACUGUCUCUGUCAAACUAUACAGUCAACAACAAUCUGGUUUGAUACAAUAUCUGCUGUAAUAGAUAGUCCGGCUGCAGCAGACAUGCUGUAAGUCAUCUCAUCUCCCUCACAGUGUGAUGAUACUCAUUUGAUAUAUUCUGAUGGGCUCAGCUGUGUGAUAUGAUGCUUGCUUUGGUAUCUCCGUGUUCAAUAAUAUCAGCCUUGCUGGUUUCCCCUCAUAUUAUUUCACUCACCUGAUUCUUAUUUCUCCAGUGUGUGCCAAAGAGGAGUGUUCAACUGUACCUCCAAGUUCUGUGAUGCGUGUCCUGACGGGGAGCAGUGGAAGAGGAGCGCGUCGGAGGAGGUCCCGCUGUGCGAGAGGAGCUGCCAAGACAUUUACUCCUCCUCUCCUGUCAACUGCAGCCGCUCCGUCGAGGGCUGCGUGUGUGGGGAGGGGCUUUACCGCAACACUGAGGGGGUUUGUGUCAUCCCCGCCCUCUGUCCCUGCCAUGACCAGGGCAACCUGCGGGAGGCCGGAUCAGAGUGGGAUGAAGGCUGUAUGACAUGUCGCUGUGUGAACGGCAAGAAACUGUGCCAGUUAAGAUGUCCGCCACUCAACUGUGAUGAGGGCGAGGUCAAGGUGGAGGAGCCAGGCAGCUGCUGCCCAGUCUGUAGAAAGCAGUUUCCAGACGAGCCCGUGCCAGAGUGUCGUCGCUAUGUGCAGGUCAAGAACAUCACCAAGGGAAACUGUCGGCUUGACAACGUGGAGGUCAGCUUCUGCCAGGGACGCUGUCUGUCCAGGACAGAUGUCAUCCUGGAGUUUGUCAACCUAUUGGCGAGCUCCUGGAAACCUGCUUGCGAGCUACUGGAUGGAGACCCCUGA